CAGGUCUGCCUCGAAAUGCCGUUCGGUUUGGGCUGGCCCAGGAAAGAAAUCUGGCCUGGUUUGGCCAUUCCACCCCUUUCCACGCCUGGAACAAAACCCGACCUCCUACCCUCCGGAACGGAGUCAGGCGUGAGACGGCGCAGUCGAGCACCACGAGCAGUCGAGACCCUGCAGCUGCAUGCCGUAGUGGAGGCGACGGCGGCGACGGCGGGGCGGUGCGAGACGACGGCGACGCGACCGACUCCAACCCUAUGUCCUUCCCCUUCUUCUUCGUCCUUCUCGCCGAUCUCUCCUCCACCAUUUAGAGUUGGGGAAGGUGAACCUCCGCCUUCUUGGGAUCCAGUACCAACUCCAGAAGGGACAUGGCUUUGACAGUUCUUGAAAGAUAUUGCUGGGAGCUUGUUGUUUUGCUUCAUACGAUUAAAUGGAGUAUUGGAAGGCUAGAUUGCGUUCUUUCUUGAUUUUUGCAUUUAAUGGAGUUUUGAUUUGGUUGAUGUUGUCUUUGGGUAUUUUUGUAAUUUAUAUUUUGGAUCUAGAAAGCAUUUCAAGUUUAAACAUGAUAUUAGCACUUUGAGUCUGAGUGACCGUGCACAUUUUUUGGAAAAAAAAUUAGUGGCCAUGCACAUGUGUGCGCCUUUGAGCCGGUGAUCACGCCGUGCAAGUAGUCAGGAAAAAUUUUGCUUUUACCAUCUUGACAGUUUGCAAAUGUAAGGCUAAAGUCAGCUGAGAUUGUGACAAGGUUUUUAUCAAUUGUCCUUGGAUGGAAGUCAAUUCUAAAAAAAAAAUUAUCAA